UCGAAGCAGCUGUACUCGUUCCUAUUGUAGUAUCGUACGUGUUUUUAUUUAGAUUUUGCUUAAAAACAUGACUGUGUAAAGGUUUAACUGAUAUCAAAUGUAACAACCAACUAUGUCGAGCCGCCGUUCCUUGCUCGGGUCGGCUUUAGACUCGCUUCCUGCUCCCACGGACCCCCUACGCGAGCUCUUCGAAGCUUGCAAAAUUGGAGAUGCAGCUCGCGUAAAAAAGCUGAUUUCACCACAAACAGUGAACGCUAGGGAUACAGCUGGUCGCAAAUCCACACCUCUACACUUUGCUGCAGGAUAUGGUCGCAGGGAAGUAGUGGAGAUACUCAUAGCUGGUGGUGCGGCGUUACAAGCGCGAGACGAGGGCGGCUUGCAGCCACUACACAAUGCAUGCUCGUUUGGCCAUGCGGACGUCGUGAGGGCGCUGCUAGCGGCGGGCGCGCCACCCGCCGCUCGCGACAACUGGGGAUACACUCCGUUACACGAGGCCGCUGGGAAGGGAAAGGUUGAUGUGUGCAUUGCAUUACUCCAGCAUGGAGCUGACCCGAACAUUAGGAACACAGAAGGAAAGACUCCUCUCGACUUAGCCGACUCUUCAACUCGACCAGUCCUAACAGGCGAGUACAUGGCGGCGGAGGUGCUGGAGGCGGCGCGGGGCGGGGCGGAGGCGCGGCUGGCGGCGCUGCUGACGCCGCUCAACGUGAACGUGCACGCCGCCGACGGCCGCCGCUCCACCGCGCUGCACCUCGCCGCCGGCUACAACCGCGCGCGCGCCGCCCGCCUGCUGCUCGCACGCGGCGCCGACGUGCACGCCAAGGACAAGGGCGGCCUAGUGCCCCUCCACAACGCGUGCUCGUACGGUCACUACGAGGUGACGGAGCUGCUGGUGAAGGCUGGUGCUGAUGUGAACGCCACCGACCUGUGGGCCUUCACGCCGCUCCACGAGGCCGCCAGUAAAGCGAGACUCGAGGUAUGUUCCCUCCUACUGAGCGAGGGCGCGGACCCCACUCUCCUCAACUGUCACGGCAAGUCCGCGCUAGACGUCGCUCCGACUAGAGAACUGAGGGACAGACUCGCGUUUGAAUACCGAGGGUACUGUCUUUUGGAGGCGUGUAGAUUAGCGGAACCAACGAGGGUCAAGAAACAACUCUCGUCUGUGGGACACCAGGACGUGAGCGUGGCCAUGUCGCUGACCACACCCGAGCGCGCGGCGGAGCUGGCCAACUUCCCGCACCUCGCGACCGCCGAGCGCCCGCUGCACGCCGCCGCCGCCAGCCUCUACCCCAAGCGCAAGCAGGUUAUGGAAAUUCUAAUAAAAAAGGGAGCGAGAGUGAACGAGAAGAACAAGGACGGGCAGACGCCGCUGCACGUCGCCACAGAGAACUCGCAUCUGGACGCCAUGGACCUACUGCUGAGGCAUGGUGCAAAGGUAAAUGCAACGGACGGUCGCGGCGAGAGCGCGCUGUCGCUGGCAGCGCGGCGCGACUCGGCGGCGGCGUGCCGGCUGCUGCUGGCGUGCGGCGCCGACUGCCGCGCCGAGCCCACCCCAGACCUGCCACCUCCCGACGAUGCGUGUUCAGACGGUGCAGCGUUGCGGCUGCUGGAGGCGGCGCGGACGGGCGACGUGGAGACGGCGCGGGCGAUCCUGGACGCGCGACCGCGACUCGUCAACUGUCGCGACGUCGACGGCCGACAUUCUACGCCGCUGCAUUUUGCUGCUGGAUACAACAGGCUUCCACUGGCCCAACUGUUACUGCAAAGAGGCGCCGAUGUACAUGCGAAAGAUAAAGGUGGUCUCGUGCCCCUUCACAACGCGUGCUCGUACGGGCACUACGAGGUGACGGAGCUGCUGGUGGCGGCGGGCGCGGGUGUCAACGCCGCCGACCUGUGGCGGUUCACGCCGCUCCACGAGGCCGCCGCCAAGGGCAAAGCGGACAUCGUGCGGCUGCUGCUCAAGCACGGCGCGGACCCGACGCGCCGCAACCGCGACGGGCUGACGCCGCUGCAGCUGGUGCGCGCCGGCGACAGCGACACCGCGGACGCGCUGCGCGGGGACGCCGCGCUGCUCGACGCCGCCAAGCGCGGGGACCUCGCCCGGGCCAGGAAACUAAUAACCCCACAAAACGUGAACUGCCGGGACGCGCACGGCCGGAACUCCACGCCUCUACAUUUAGCCGCGGGCUACAACAACCUGGAGGUAGCGGAGGCGCUGCUGGCGGCGGGCGCGGCGGUGUCGGCGCGCGACAAGGGCGGGCUCGUGCCGCUCCACAACGCCGCCUCGUACGGGCACCUCGAGCUCGCGGCGCUGCUGCUGCGGGCCGGCACGCCGCCCAACGCCGCCGACAGAUGGGGCUUCACGCCGCUCCACGAGGCCGCGCAUAAAGCCCGCACGCAGUUAUGUGCUUUACUGCUCGCUCACGGCGCGGACCCGUUCCUCAAGAACCAGGAGGGUCAGACGGCGCUGGCGCUGGCGGGCGCGGAGGACGUGCGGUCGCUGCUCGCGGACGCCAUGACGGCCGCCGCGCCCGCACCCACCGCGCCCGCGCAGCCCGCGCCCCCCGCGCCGCCCCCCCUGCCAGUGCUGCUGCCGAGCGGGGCCACCGCGCCGCUGCCGCUACCGAUAAUGUCAAGUGGGUUCUGGGCGGAGGUGCCGCGCAGCAGCCUGGAGGAGGCGGCGGGGCGGCCCGCGUCUGCGUUGUCCACCUCCGAGUCGUUGCAUACCUUCCUCACCAGCAUCGGUCUCGAGCAGCUCGGGCCGGUGCUGGAGCGGGAACAGAUCACGGUGGACAUCCUGUCGGAGAUGUCGCACGAGGACCUGCGCGCGGUGGGCGUGGCCGCGUACGGGCACAGACACCGCCUCAUCAAGGCCGCACGCAACAGCCUGCAGGCGCAGUCGGAAUGGUACGGCGGCACGACGCUGGUGGAGGUGUCGGCGACGUGCGCGGCCGAGGGCGUGGACAGCGAGUACGCUGUGCUCGAGCGCGAGAUGCAGGCGUCCGUGCGCACGCACCGCGACCUCGCCGGCGGCAACUUCACGCGGUACAACGUCGUGCGGAUACAAAAAAUAGUGAACGGGCGGUUAUGGGAGCGGUACAGCCACAGACGGCGCGAGGUGGCGGCGGAGGCGGGCGCGCCCAACGAGCGCCUGCUGUUCCACGGCUCGCCCUUCAUCAACGCCAUCGUGCAGAAGGGCUUCGACGAGCGACACGCGUAUAUAGGCGGCAUGUUCGGCGCCGGCAUUUACUUCGCGGAGCACUCGUCGAAGAGCAACCAGUAUGUGUACGGUUUCGGCGGCGGCUCCGGCUGCCCCGCCCACAAGGACCGCAGCUGCUACCUGUGCCACAGACAAAUGCUUCUCUGCCGCGUGACGCUGGGACGGGCGUUCCAGCUGGCGAGCGCGAUGAAGAUGGCGCACGCCCCGCCCGGCCACCACAGCGUCGCCGGCACGCCCACACACGGCGGCCUGUGCUACCCCGAGUACGUCGUGUACCGCGGCGAGCAGGCGUACCCAGAAUACCUUAUAACUUAUCAAAUAGUCUGCGAGGACACGAACACAGGCGCAGUAUGAAAUAGUAACCAGUAUUACAUGUACACAUCUCUCGAGCUACAGAAAAGUUGUCUAGCAGAACUGAGGUAUAUAUUAAGUCUUCGAAUAGUCAAAUUUGAAAAUGGCAAAUCAUGUUUUAUUAGUUCUGUGGAGUCGCUAAGGUGCGAGUUACCUAAAAUGGUGAAAUAGUUUCGGUGACAAUGGCCGUUUACGUUCUACGCGGGAGUAAUUUUAUAGUGGCAUAACUAUACCAUCUAGGGCCCGUGGCAAAUUGAUGCAUCAAUAAAAAUCGUCACCUUAAUAAUGAAACAGGUAGUACAAUCAAUGUAUAAAAAUAUUUCUAAGCUCGCGGCUUCUUGAGCCGGGGCCACGCCGGGGCCCUCUUGGGUCGGGGGCCGUGAUAUUUUUAACUGCCCUGCUGUUACGCCACUGGCAAGUAGGUGCACAGUACAGUACAUUAAUGACCGACACGACUGGCGAGAGAUCAGGCGCAUGGCCGACUUUUUACAUGCUUAUGCCAUCAUCUUUCUUGCCAGACAAUCAGGUGAUCGGCCUGCAUUGUUUUGACCUUUGGGAUCGACCUCCGAGUCACGAGCCACAGUUGAAGCCUCUGUCAACGGAGAUGAAAAUACUACAGAAAUGAACGUGUUCAUAUUUUAAAAUUUUUUCAUAUUAUAAAUUUUAAAAAUUCGAUUCAUAUUUUAAAUUUUCAUUCAUAUUAAAAUCUUAAAGUCUUUUUUUAUUAUCAAAAAUAACUCGUACCUAGCCAGUCCACUAGAGCUAGACAAUUAAAUACGAAAUAUAUUGUAUAUAAUGUUAUUAUGCUCCCAUCACGUUGUCUUGAUGCUACUGUUGUAAAUUUCUUUAUGCUUCAUACAAAAAUUGCCUAUUGUGGGCUCCAUGUUAGCGGCGUGCAAAGUACUCGCAGUAACAGUCGCCAACAAUUUAAUUCGAAGAAUAUGAUUCUUCUCCGUUUUAUAAUUGUGUUUCACAUGACAAAUCAUAAAACGCCAAUUUUUAUAAUUUUAAGUUAGUCUUAACCAAUUGUAGGAUAAUUUCUCAUGAAAUAAUAAAUAAUUUAAUUUA